CAUACAUACAUACAUACAUACAUACAUACAUACAUAUACACAUCUAUACAUGUAUGAUACACACAAAUAUAUACAUAACAACGAAAGGUGUGAUCAUAUAUAACCAUAUUGAUUUUACUAACAUAUGAAUCCAUUGUGAAACAACGGUAAUGACUGAUUAAAUAAAUGUGAUCGUGAUCUUAAUGCCAAUUAAUUUGAAUAUAUAUAUAUACAUUACCAUUACCAUUACUAUUACUAUUAAUAAUAAUAAAGAUAAAUAAUAGUUCAGGGAAAAUAAUUUCUACUCAUAAAUAAGAUUAGAAACAAUUUAAUCGAUACAAAUCAAGUUCUUUAAGUAGAAUCAUAAUCUCUAUGUACAAUAAAUUACAUUAAAUCAGUGUCCAUUCAUUCAAUUGUGAUUAUUCGAUAAAAAAAGCCGUGAAAACACGAAUCACAAUACAAUUCAAUGGAAAGUCAAACGUUAACAUCGGCAACUGUAUCACGUUCAGAAUCUGUAGGUUCAUUACUAAAUGAACGUAGUUACGACGCUGCACCACAGUCUCCAUCUACUCUACGUUUAACAUAUAGUCCCAAAUUAGAGUCAGAUUUACCAUAUAGCAGUGAUAACCAACAUGAUAAAAACCAAAUUGUUACUGAUAAAUCAGAGAGAAUCUUUCUUCUACCCGGUACUGAACAGAUUGUGAAAGUUAUUAAAAAAUUUACUAUUUCUGAAAAUGGUAAUAAGGAAUAUAUUGAACGUGAUAAUGAAGAAGUUUUUUAUAAUAUCAACAAUGAUGAAGAUAAUGAGCAGGAUUUAAAUGGUUUCAGAAAAAACCAGCAUACUAAUAAAACAGAACAUAAAUAUUACAGAACAAAUGUGCUGCAUAAAAGGCAACGAGUAUUACAUCGUUCAAAUCGUAGUCAUCAUGAACGUCAUCAUCAUCGGCGUCAUCAACGAAACCAAUCUCAUGAUUAUAUUGAUGGUCUUCAAAGUAGUGAACAAUCUCAAUCACCGGUGAGAAGAGAAUCUGUAGAGAAAUCAAAGUAUACCAAAUAUAAAAAACCUGUUACAUCAGUUCAAAGCUCAGUUACAUAUGAUCCAUACAAUAAUGAACAAAAACGUGUAAUCAGUCGCUUAAAUUUGAUAGCACCUGGACCAGCUCAAUCAUCUGAUUUAAAUGAGAACGAGGUCAUUUCAACUGAUGGAUUCCAUGAUACAAGUCAUGAUGUACAAUCUUACUUGAAUUCCCAAAAUAGAAAUGUUGGUUUAUCAGAAUUAAAGCAGAAUCGAUUGUUUUUACCCACUAAAACUAAUAAGAAAAACCGUAAUAAAUAUAAAAAUCAUUCACGACGAAAUGAAUAUGAAAGUCACCACGAAAAGUCACAUUCGUCAUUGAAUCGACUAUGCUCACAUACUCCAUAUAACUCUGGUGCUUGUCGAAAAUGCAAUGUUAUAUGUUCAAAAUGUAAUGAAAGUAUUCAUCAUUUAAAUCAUUAUAACAGUGAUUCACGAUCAUUACACCGAGCUGAUAUGUAUUGUGAUCGAAGAUUACGUGGAGUAAGUUGCUCAUCAUUAGAUCAUGAGUGUCAGUUAAAUUCAAGUCGGAGAUAUAGAUCAUUAAGUGGUUCGAAAAUGGUUAUACCAUCUGGCCACCAUCAUCAUUAUCAACCACAUAGACAUAUAUGUUGUGCUAAAUCAAUACCGUCUUUAAGUACAUUAGAUUUCUAUGAUACAAAUUCUAUUUAUACACAUAGCCUAGAUUCUAAUCGCCAUAUCAAUUUUAUAGAAAUUGAAUAUAUGCAAGUGGAUAAUGGUGAUAAUGAUAAUGAAAAUCUACCUAUAGGAUUAUCAAAAGAGAAAUUAAAUUGGAUUACAAAUUUAGCACGUGAAUCAUUAAAUAAAACAAAAGAUCUUGAUUCAUUGGCUAAACUAAUGAAAGAAACAUUAGAUGAACAUUUUGGUAAAAUAUGGCAUUCCAUUGUAGGCACUGAAUCAUAUGGUAGUCAUUUAGCUACAUUACCUGGAACGUUAGUUAGUUUUAGAAUAGAUAAAUGGGCUUUUUUACUUUGGCAAACAUAAUAGCGAUUAAAAUUGUACCAGUUCUUCUUUUUAUUUAUUUAUUUUAAAACUAGUACUCCUAAAUGUAUUCAUGACAAAUCUGAACGUAAAACUUUACUUUUGUUGUUGUUGUUGUUGAAAAAUCGAAUACAAUUCACCUUAGAUACCAUAUGAUUCUUCAAGUGUUUUUUUUUAUUGUAUUUGUCAUCGAAAUUAUUAUGUAAUAUCAAUAUUGUUUGAAAUCAUUUUAUCAAUAUGACUAUUAAAAAUUUAUAAAAUCUAUAUCAUUUCUUCUCAUUUAUAUUGAUGAGUAAAAAUUUUCUUUUUGAUUUUGAUUUACUGAACAUCAGCUGAUUAAUGUUAAUCAAUAAUUUUUUUUGUUUGAAAUUUACUAAACUACUAAAAAGGACAAUAGUAGUCUAUAGGUUUGUGUUAGACAUGUAUGUACACUAAUAUUUUUAUUAUUAUGAUGAUGAUGGUGAUGAUGAUGGUAACAGAUGACAAAGUACUGAGAGAUUGUGAGUGGGUUUUUUUAUUCCAUUUGGGUAUAUCUACACUGUAGUGUUGAUGAAUGUACUUGAAUUCAAACUUAUUAGCUAUUCCUUACUCAUGUGUUUAAAAGAAAAGCAAUCUUUUGAGUAGAACAAUUUAAUUCUUUCCAUAUUUUAUGAUUUCGAUUGGUUCUCUUUUGUUUCAUUUUAUCAUUGUAAUAUAUAUAUUAAUCAAUUGAUUGAAUAUAUUAAUCAUUUUUUUUAUAUUUAGUAAAUAAAUUGUUGUUUUUUU